AUGUCCCAGUACGAAGCCAAAAGGUCUGCCGAAACUCAGGACGGCCUUGGCACAGAACGAGCCAAGCCUUCCGACACCCUCCCGAAGCAUCGUCCAGACCUCGACACCCGUGUAUGUUCAGAUCUAUUCAGCGAUGUUCCAGCUUAUACACCAGCACGCAAACUCAAGGUCGUCACUGUUGGGGCUGGCUUUUCCGGCCUUCUGUUCGCCCACAAAUUGCAGCAUCAGUAUCCUGAAAUGCAAAAUUUGAUCGAACACAACAUCCUGGAAAGUCGCACUGAGCUUGGUGGCACAUGGCUUGUAAACACUUAUCCAGGUAUACAAUGUGAUGUGCCUGCUCAUAUAUACGCCUUCCCGUUCGAUCCUAAUCCGGACUGGAGUCACUUCUAUGCGUCUGGAAAGGAAAUCCACGACUAUCUCGUCAAGACAACAAAGAAGUGGAACCUCGAUCGGGAUAUCCGUUUCGGUACUCGACUGCAAGAGGCACGUUGGCAGCCUGAUUCGGGACAGUACAAGCUAACUAUCCUCUAUAAUGGCAAGCGCGAAAUCGAGUAUGCCGAUGUCCUUGUUUCCGGUCAAGGCAUCCUCAACAGCUGGAAAUGGCCUGCAAUACCAGGUCUGGACACUUUCGAAGGUCAUAAAUGCCACUCUGCGAAUUGGGACCAUAACUUUGACUAUGCACAUAAACGCAUUGCGGUGAUCGGAAAUGGUUCUUCUGGCAUCCAAAUUGUGCCGCAGAUGGCCAGGCUCCAAGGUACUCAAGUCAUCAGCUUCCAAAGGAAACCGACCUAUAUAUACUAUCGAAUGCCACCCUCCAAAUUACUUAACAGACCGAAUAUUUCAGGCAAUCCCGAAUAUAACGAGGAGGAUAAAAAACGUUUUCGCGAAAAUCCUGCCGAGCACAGGGCUCAUCGACGCAUGUUAGUGCACCGAAUCAACAAAGCCUUCAAGAUGUUUGUAAAGGACUCUCCACAAUCUGUUGAAGCAUCACGCUCAGCUCGCGAACAGAUGGCCCAGAAACUAAACCACGAUCCCGACCUGUGCAGAAAACUCAUACCCGAAUGGUCACUAGGUUGUCGACGCAUCACUCCAGGUGAAGGCUACCUCGAAUCUUUUCUCCUUCCCAACGUACAUCUGACACAAAGCCCAAUCAGCAAGAUCACCUCCAACUCCGUCAUCACAGAAGAUGGCCAAGAAUACCCAGUCGACGUGAUCGCCUGUGCAACAGGUUUCGAAGUCUCCUUCCAACCCCAAUUCAAGCUCUUCGGCACCAUCGACCCCUCCACCUCCGAACCCUUCGAGCUCGGCGACCUCUGGAAAGACGAAGCAGAAUCCUACAUGUCCAUCUGCGCCCCGCACAUGCCCAAUUACUUCUCCUUUGGCGGCCCCAACGCCGUCAUCGCCCACGGCUCCCUCAUUGAAGCCUUCAACUGGACCGCCGACUACAUGGUCAAAUGGCUUCGUAAAAUGGCCACCGAGGGCCUCAAGUCCGUGACUCCGAAACAAGACGCGAUCGACGAGUUCGUCGCGUAUGGUGAAGCAGUUCAUCAAAGUCUUGUAUGGACUGACAACUGCUCGUCGUGGUAUAAGAAGAAUCGAGUGGAUGGUCGUGUGACAGCGGCUUUUGGCGGGAGUGCGAUGCUGUAUAAGCAAUUGAUCAGCGAGCUGAGAACGGAGGACUUUGAGAUCGAGUACCGUGAGAGGAAUAGGUUUGCUUUUAUGGGGAAUGGGUUUAUGGAUUUUGAGUUUGAUGACGAGGCGGAUUUGGCGUGGUAUAUUGACAGGUGA